UUUUUGAAUAGAACGAAGCAAUUUUUUACGUUUAGUAUAAUGUUAAUUUUUAAAUAAACAUAUAAAUAUCAAUUGCUUAAAAUAAGAAUACAAGUGUUAAUUUUCAUCAAUAAUUUUUAUUGAGGUUAGAGCAGAAUAUGUGAAAGCAAAUUUAUAAUUGCGUUUUACUGUGAAAAUACAAAUAUUCGAUAUUUUGUAUAGUUAUUUCUUACAAAUAUAGAAAUCUAUAAUUAAUAUACUAUAAAUAUAUUAUUUGGAAAGAAUGCUGCAAAAUUGAAAUAAAAAUGGAGAUUUCUGAAAAUGACAUUACAUUAAACGAUAAUACUAACAAUAUUACAUUAACUCAAGAUUACAAAAACGUAAAUAUAAUUGAUGAUGGUCUGUCACCUAAUGAAAUGGAAACAGUAAAAAAUUCAGAUGAUCAAAAACAGCUUGAAAAUGUUAAUUAUAAGAAUGAUACCGACUGUAAUAAACCUAAUGAAACAACUGAAACGAUACUUCAAGAAGUUACAAACGAAACUGAACCUGUAGAAAAACGAUAUAAGACUUCAUCUGGUAAUACUUUUAAUAAUUCUACAACAGGCAAUGAUGACGUUAAUGUUUCUAAUACUGAACAAAAUGGUCAAUCUUGUUCAGGUGAUGUUUUUAAUCCAACAGAUUCAAAUGUAAAUAAUGAUGAACCAAGUUGUAGUAAUCAAGCAUCAUCUUUCAAACAAAAAUCAAAAUUUAAAACACGACUUUACAGAAAACGUUCAGAGAAUAAUGAAGAUCGAGAUGAUGAAUCUAAGAAGAAAGCAAGAGAGACAACAUCAAAUGAAGAUUCUGGUGAUGAUUCUAACAUUAGUCAUAAUUCAACAGCUGAAAAUAAUACAAGAAGACAUAGUUCAGAUCAAAUUUCUGAAUCAGAUGAUAUGGAUGGUAUACUACCCAUCGUUAUGAAAGUUGAUGAUGAUUCUAGUGAAUGGUCUGCUGAUAAUGAUGAUGAUGAUGAUGAUGGACGUAAAACUCCACAAGUGUUAAAAAAUCCUAUUCCCAAACCUAAUUUAUUUAUUGUACCAGAAUUAAUGAGACGUGAAUUUGGUUAUAAUCGAUUUUUACAUCGUAAAUUUUAUGGAUCUUUACAUGCUGUUCAACGUCUUGAAUUGAUGUAUAAAAUGGAGCAGCAUGAAGGAUGUGUCAAUGCUAUUAAUUUUAAUGAAGAUGGAUCAUUACUAGCAAGUGGUUCUGAUGAUUUAAAAGUAGUAGUUUGGGAUUGGGCAGUUGGAAGAAAACGAGCCGUUUUAGACACUGGACAUAGUCUUAAUGUUUUUGAAACUAAAUGGCUUUUUAACCAUAAUAAAGAUUUGAUAGCAACUUGUGCUCGUGACGGUCAUGUAAGACUACUUGAUACAAACACAAACGAACAUAGAAAGCUCGCUAGUCAUCGUGAAGAAGCUAGAAGACUAGCAGUUCAUCCAAAUGAUCCUCACACAAUUCUUUCGGUUGGUGAUGAUGGAAAAGUAUUUACAAUAGACAUUCGAGAUCCAAAACCCACACUUCUUUUAAAAGUCCAAGAAAAAUAUCGUCAUAUUUCUCUUUAUUCAAUUCAUAUAAAUCCACGUAAUAGUGAUGAAUUUUGUACUGGAGGUUGUUCACGAACUGUAAAAAUAUUUGAUAGACGAAGAGCUCUACCAUCAUUGAAAAAAUUUACACCACAAAACUUGAAGAAAAAUACUACUGUAUACGUGACUUGUGCAGUAUACAAUUAUAAUGGAACCGAAAUAAUAGCAUCUUACAAUGAUGAUGAUAUAUAUUUAUUUGAUACUGCGACUCCACAGCUAACAACUGAUUAUGCUCAUAAAUAUGAAGGACAUCGUAAUAAUACUACAGUAAAGAGUGUUAAUUUUUUUGGACCCAAAAGUGAAUUUAUUGUAUCUGGAUCAGACUGUAGUAAUAUUUUCUUUUGGGAUAAAAAUACUGAAGCAAUUGUACAAUGGAUGCCAGGCGAUGAACAGGGAGUGGUAAAUAGACUAGAACCUCACCCAUACGUACCAAUUUUAGCAACGAGUGGUUUAGAUUCUGAUGUAAAAAUAUGGGUUCCUUCUUGUGAGCAUGAACCCAAAAUGAUUGGCGUAAAUGAAUGUGUAAAAACCAAUUUCAAAGACCGAAGUGAUAAAUUAUCUUACAUAUUAAAUCCAUUUGAUUCACCCUCACUUCCGUUGUUUUUGCGAUUUAUAAGUCAAUACCAAACACCAAGUAACAGACUGAACAGAAUAAGCCGGUCUCUCGCAGUAGAACGAAGGUUAUCCCAGGUUGAUGUUUUUGAAGUAGAAUCAGAUUCAUCGAGUGUUUCUCGAUCAUCUAAUAAUGACAGUCAGUCAGAUAGUGAUGAGAGUGAAGGUCCUCAAUGUACGACAUCAUGAACAAUUUUGAAGCGAAUGUUAUAAUAUUGUAAUGUUUUAAUACGUCUUCUGUAGAAGUAUUUAUCCUUUAAUUUUUCAAUUUUCUAUUCGAUAUAUUGCCAAAAAAGCAGUGAACUUUUUUUAGAGAAAGUUUAUACAUAAAGUCAUUACUAUGACAUUGAUUUCAAAUUUAAUAAGUCUUGAAAAAUGUUUAUUUUAGUUGUAUUAUUUUCAAAUAUCAAUGUAAAGAUAGAUUUUAUAAUUUUUCUUCAAAAUUAAAUUAAGUAUUGUCGUUCUAAUAGAGAACACAAAAUAUGAAUUUAAUUAUUGUAAUUAUAAGAGGCUACCCAUAUACAUAUAUAUAGUAAAGACAUUUUCUAAUCAAUUUAAGUAUAUUUGU